UAAUAUUUAUCUCUGAAAAAUAGAGUAUGAAUAGAAGGUGACACGAAUCAUUUUAAUCAGUUAGUUUUUAGGAUAUCGUGAGACACAGUCUUCACGCAGAGAUUUAGACAAUCGAGAAAUAAAAGCAGAAACGUGCAACGAAGAACUACACAAUCCACGAUAAGAGAUUACUAGAGAUCUAUAAUUAAUCAUGGCUGAAAUACCCAACCUAACGCUUUCUAAUGGUCACAAAAUGCCAGUUUUUGGACUUGGUACAUAUCAGUCACGUGCUGGAGAAGUAGAAACGGCUGUGAUGGAAGCAAUAAGCUUAGGCUAUCGUCACAUAGACACAGCAUUUUAUUAUCAAAAUGAACAGGAAAUUGGUCGAGCAAUUCAAGCAAAAAUUAAGGACGGUACUGUAAAGAGAGAGGACCUUUUCAUUACGACCAAGCUCUGGAACAAUUUUCAUAAAGAAGAGAGUGUAGUUCCAACAUGUAAAAAGUCUUUAGAAAAUCUUGGUUUGAGUUACGUGGAUCUCUAUCUGAUUCACUGGCCAUUUGCUUUUAAGGAAGGUGGUGAUCUUAUGCCGAAAGACGAAAAUGGUGCUCUUCAGUUGUCAGACACCGAUUAUCUUGAAACAUGGAGAGGAAUGGAAGAAUGUGCGCGAUUAGGUUUAGCUCGGAGUAUAGGAAUCAGUAAUUUCAACCCGGAACAAAUUACUCGCCUCCUCGGAGUGGCCAAAAUUUUACCUGUGAACAACCAGGUCGAAGUCAGUAUAAAUAUGAAUCAAAAGUCAUUGAUAGAAUUUUGUAAAAAGCAUAAUAUCACGAUAACCGCAUUCUCACCUCUUGGACAACCCGGAAAUAGAGCUGGCAUACCGAAUAACUUAGACAAUCCAAAGGUCCUAGAUCUUUCGAAGAAAUACAACAAAACUCCAGCACAAAUUGCUCUACGAUAUGUGUUGCAACAAGGAAUCGCUAUCAUUCCUAAAACAGUGACACCAAGUCGAUUGAAGGAAAAUAUGAGCAUAUUCGAUUUCUCCUUAACCGAUGAGGAAAUGGCAACUAUAGCGAGCAUAAGUACAGGUCAACGCGUUUCACGAUUUGGAGAUGCAAAAGGGCACAAAUAUUACCCGUUCGAGAAAUAGUAGUUUGGUGACAAACGAGUGAAAUGGCAGGAAACAGCUCG